AUGGCAGUUGAAGAGAAAAUCGACAUCGCCAGACAUCGAUUCCCGUUUUGCAUAGUCUGGACUCCGCUCCCUGUCUUAACAUGGAUCUUCCCGCUAAUUGGCCAUUUGGGCAUCGCAACGAGCAAAGGAAUCAUUCGCGAUUUUUCUGGAAGCUACUGCGUCACGGAGGAUGAUAUGGGUUUCGACUGGCCAACCAUGUAUUGGCAAUUGUCUGCGGAUGCCGUUGAAGGAGGUGCAGAGGCGUACGACAGAGCGAUUAGAGAGGCGUCUGAUGAAUACAAAGGUAGAAUGCACAAUCUCUGCUGUGAUAAUUGUCACUCGCAUGUGGCCCUUGCUCUUAAUACGAUGCGAUAUGGAGGACAUGACAGGUGGAAUAUGGUCAAGCUAGGCUUCUACAUACAGGUUUAUGGAAAGUCAGGUUUCGGAGGUUUCCUAAAACAGUGGGGAUUCUUCAUUAUUAUGUGCUUUGUUUUUAUUGUCUUAGCUGUCGUUGUUCUAAGAAUUCGAGGCGUCAUGGUUCGUUUAACGGUGGAAUUGAUCGACAAUGCACCACAGUUCAUCAACACGGUUCGGGAACGCGAGCUGAAUUUGCGUGGUUACAAAAUUCCUGUAAUUGAAAACAUGGGAGUUACAAAGGAUCAGUUCGACGUACUUGAUUUGACAGACAAUGAUAUUAAAAGACUGGACAACAUUCCUCUGCUGAAACGGCUGCACACUCUCUACUUGCACAACAACAGGGUUCACUACAUUCAGCCGGACAUUGGUGAGAAGUUGCCUAAUCUGAAGAUUCUGGCACUAACUAACAACAAUAUCACUGAAUUAGGAGACAUCGAUCCAUUGGCGAACUGCAAAAAGUUGGAGUAUAUCACCUUCAUUGGAAAUCCUAUAACUCACAAAACAAAUUAUCGUGCUUACAUCAUCUACAAGUUGCCAUCAGUACGCGUCAUUGAUUUCAAACGCAUAAGACUAGCAGAGCGUGAAGCUGCUCGCAAGAGGAUGAUAUGGGUUUCGACUGGCCAACUAUGUAUUGGCAAUUGUCUGCGGAUGCCGUCGAAGGAGGGUGCAGAGGCGUACGAUAGAGCCAUCAGAGAGGCGUCUGAUGAAUACAAAGGAAGAAUGCACAAUCUUUGCUGUGAUAAUUGUCACUCGCAUGUGGCCCUUGCUCUCAAUACGAUGCGAUAUGGAGGACAUGACAGGUGGAAUAUGGUCAAGCUAGGCUUCUACAUACAGGUUUAUGGAAAGUUCACAGGUUUCGGAGGUUUCCUAAAACAGUGGGGAUUCUUCAUUAUUAUGUGCUUUGUUUUUAUUGUCUUAGCUGUCGUUCAGCUCAUUUCAGCAACCGUGGAUUACUCUUCAAGGCUGACUGGUGGGACGGAUCCGGAGUCUGGUGAUUCGAAAAUGGCAGUUGAAGAGAAGAUCGAUAUCGCCAGACAUCGAUUCCCGUUUUGCAUAGUCUGGACUCCGCUCCCUGUCUUA